AUGUUCCUACUACCAAUUUCUAGAAAAAUUCAUAAAAAACAGCCAAAAGUGCUUAAAGAGAUUUAUAUGAAAAUAAAUAUAGGUCCAGAAACCUUGUUAAAUAAGAAAUUUGAAGAGUCGAAAAAGAUAUAUUCUAUAAGAAAACAUCAAAUUAAGGCAUUGCAUACGAUAUUGCACCUUUCUCUUCUUAGAGGAGAAUUUUCAGAUGCACAUUAUGCAUUUUCUAUUUUGAUUCGUUGCCGAGAGAUUCGUUUAUAUGAUAUAUGGGAUAUUGGACUAGAAAUUCUUAGACAUAUUGAUCCAGAUCAACAAGAAAGAUAUCUUAAAGGGUUGAUUGCGUUUUAUCAAACUCCUAUACGUUCAGAUUCAUCAAAAGAUAAAGUUGGAGAAGAAUUACUUAAAGCUCUUAUACUUUUAUAUAUAGAAAAAGAAGAAUUUGAAAAGCUUUUAAAUAUACUUGAAGAUUAUUUAUUAUCUGCGCCAUAUAGUGAAAAUUCAUCUUUUUAUGAGUAUGCAGGGAUGGCAGCAUUAGAAUUAAGUGAAAAGACAACUAUUACAACAGAAAGGAAACAGUUUUAUGAAAGAGCAGAAUAUAUGUUUCAAAAGGCUAGAGAAAAGAAUAAAAGUAUUUCCUAUAGGAAUGUUUUUAAUAUGUUUUCAAACAAGAAUGGCAAAAUAGAAAAUUAA